AUGGCCGCCAGCACUGACACCGUCCGAGUUCUGAUUGCUGGAGCAGGUAUAGGAGGUCUUGCAACUGCGAUUUCUCUGUCGCGCGUAACUGCAAUUCCUAACCUUGAUAUCCAGCUUUAUGAACAGGCUCCAGAGCUGUUGGAAAUCGGAGCCAGUAUUGCGCUUAGUCCCAAUGGCAUGCGUACUCUAGAGAAACUCGAUGUACUUAAUGCACUCAGCGAUGAAGUCGGCUUUAGAGGGCCGAGUGGGAUUCCCCAGAUCUUUCGACACUGGAAAACAAACCAGGUCGUUUCGGUAGAUACGCACAAAGAUGUCCCUGAUCCUCGUCACCACACGACUCGUUUUCAUCGUGGACAUCUGCAUGCUGCCCUGCUGGAGCAUGUCCCGCGGGAGUCUAUUCACCUGGGCAAGAAGCUCCUGCGCGCGGAGGUGCAUGAACAGGGUGUAUCGCUAUAUUUCGAAGAUGGGACUACUGCGCAUGGAGAUAUACUGAUUGGAGCUGAUGGGUUGAAAUCGAAAGUCCGACAGUCAUUCAUACCAGACUAUAAACUCCGAUUUACAGGGAAAGUCUUUAUGAGAUCGACCUUUGAUGCGUCCUUGGUGGCUGAGAAGAUCCCUAAUUUACCGGACGAUUCAUUGCAUUGGUGGGGACCGGAGGAUAACUUCUUCGCAUCUCGUCUUGGAAAGGGCCAAUACACGACCGUCGGCGCAUACAGCGAUCCUCGACCCGCAGAGGAAAUCGAAAGUAGCAUCGCCUGGGGUCAGAAAGGAGACGUCAAAUUCCUACGAGAAAGAUACAAAAACUGGAACCCCCUAAUCAAAGCCCUAACCGAAGCAACGCCGUAUACAAACCUGUACCCGAAUUUCGCCGGGGACGCAAUCCCAACUUGGGUCUUUGGAUCUAGAGUUACACUCGUUGGAGACGCGGCACAUGCCCAUGGGGGUGCGUUUGCGGCUGGUGGAUCGUUGGCACUGGAUGAUGCGCUUGCUUUAGGCCUUGCUUUUAGGCAUGUAUUUGGGUCUCGUUCGCAGGGAUCUUUGGAUAUUGGGAGUAUUGGGAAGGCGUUGGAUUUAUAUGCUAGAACAAGACAACCGCAUACAGACAGGCUACUGAAGAUUGUGCAUGGUCAGCUGAAUAACAGCCAGGGUACCAAGCCGGCCACCGCGGGGGAAGAGAAUGAGAGGUUGAUAUCGCGGUUGAGGAAUAGGACGGAUACAGAGUGGUUGUCUGAGCAUGAUGUUGAGGCUGCGUUUGGGGAGGUGGUCAAGCAGUUGGAGACAAAGAGUAGACUUUAG